UGCUCCCGCCUCCGGCUUUCUUCCCGGAGCUCCGGUGCCGAGUUGACUCUGGGCUGGGACGACCGGGGCCGAGACCCGUGUGGAGACCGAGAGCGGGAGCGGGAGCGGACGGUGGCGGGCCGGGGACGGAGCCGGCUUCCCCUCCGCCCCCCUCACCCCUUCUCUGAGAUUUUGGACAGCCACCUUCUGGGACUAUUCAGCAGUGCCAAGUGUUGGUGAAAUCUUUGCAGCCACUCUGAUAAAGCAGGAAGAGCAAAAGGAACUUCCAUUGACAUCUGUUAAUGAACAGUAAUAGGAUAGACACGGAUGAAGUUAGAGACCUUCAUGGAUGAGUGAGAGGUUUUGGAAGGCACCAGUGAAAUGAGAGGAAGUUCUGUUUCUGAUGUGAGACCUGAGAGUACAUGACUACUUGCCAAAUUUUGGGGACUAUGAAAUAUGACUUAGAAGCUCUGAUUGAUGAAGGAUUAUGAUGUCAUCGGUUGCAACAGAAAGCAAACUCCAGCAGGCUGUCAGCCUGCAGGGAGUUGACCCAGAAACAUGCAUGAUUGUUUUUAAAAACCACUGGGCACAGGUUGUGAAAAUCUUAGAGAAGCACGACCCCUUGAAGAACACCCAGGCUAAAUACGGCUCCAUCCCUCCCGAUGAGGCCAGUGCUGUGCAGAAUUACGUCGAGCACAUGCUCUUCCUGCUUAUCGAAGAGCAAGCCAAGGAUGCUGCCAUGGGGCCGAUUCUGGAGUUUGUGGUCUCUGAGAACAUCAUGGAGAAACUCUUCCUUUGGAGCCUGAGGCGGGAGUUUACUGAUGAGACUAAAAUCGAGCAGCUGAAGAUGUAUGAGAUGCUGGUCACCCAGUCCCAUCAGCCUCUGUUACACCACAAACCCAUUCUGAAGCCCCUGAUGAUGUUGCUGAGCUCUUGCUCUGGGACCACCACCCCCAACGUGGAGGGAAAGUUGGUUGUCCUGCUCAACCAGCUCUGUUCCAUCCUUGCCAAAGAUCCAUCCAUUCUGGAACUCUUCUUCCACACUAGCGAGGACCAAGGGGCAGCCAACUUCCUCAUCUUUUCCCUUCUGAUUCCCUUCAUUCACCGAGAGGGGACUGUCGGCCAGCAGGCCCGGGACGCUUUGCUCUUUAUCAUGUCUCUCUCGGCAGAGAACACUGUGGUGGCUCAUCACAUCGUGGAAAACACUUACUUCUGUCCAGUCCUCGCAACUGGGCUCAGCGGUCUCUACUCCUCACUGCCGACCAAGCUCGAGGAGAAAGGCGAGGAGUGGCACUGCCUCCUGAAGGAUGACUGGCUCCUGCUCCCGCCUUUGGUCCAGUUCAUGAACUCGUUGGAAUUCUGCAAUGCUGUCAUCCAGGUUGCUCAUCCGUUAAUUCGAAAUCAGCUCGUCAAUUAUAUUUACAAUGGGUUCUUGGUACCAGUCUUGGCUCCUGCUCUCCAUAAGGUGACCGUGGAGGAGGUCAUGACCACCACAGCGUACCUGGACCUUUUCCUGCGCAGCAUCUCCGAGCCAGCACUCCUGCAGAUCUUCCUGCGCUUUAUCCUGCUGCACCAGCACGAGAAUGUCCACAUCCUGGACACGCUCACCAGCAGAAUUAACACCCCCUUCCGGCUCUGCGUGGUGUCCCUGGCAUUAUUUAGAACACUCAUUGGUUUACACUGUGAAGAUGUGAUGUUACAGCUGGUUCUAAGGUACCUGAUCCCUUGCAAUCACAUGAUGCUGAGCCAGAGGUGGGCCGUGAAGGAGAGAGACUGCUACUCCGUGUCUGCUGCCAAGCUGCUGGCGCUCACCCCAGUCUGCUGCUCCAGUGGGAUCACCCUGACGCUCGGCAACCAGGAGAGGGAUUAUAUCCUCUGGUCCAAGUGCACGCAGGAGAGCACAGGGCCUUCAGAGGAGCUGCUCCCCCAGGCCUGCGGCCCGGCCGCCUGCAUCGUGGAGUAUGGCCGCGCCCUGGACAUCAGCUACUUGCAGUACCUGUGGGAGGCGCACACCAGCAUCAUGCGCUGUGAGCGAGCCUGCCGUGUAUGGUCCGCCCGCUACGACGGCGACAGCCCACGGCCUGAGACCAGCGCUGCCCAGCCCCCGCAAGAGCUCCCCGGGAACCCCAGCUCCCACCUGCCCCCACCCAAGGACAAGGGCCACACGGAGCUGGAGUGGGAUGACAGCUACGAUACCGGCAUGUCUUCCGGGGCCCCAGCCGACCAGCCCGAGCCCCCAGCCCCCGUGGAGCCCCCCAGGCACAUCCAGGAGAUGAAGAAGAGCGCUCUCCUGCUCUUCAAGGGUACCUACAUCGAAGAGUCGGACUUCCAGGAUGACGUGAUGGUGUACAGGCUGUGUGCCCAGAAGGAUGCCCAGGACAGGGCUGCGCCCCCAAAUCCCCCCACAGACAACGGCCCCUUGUCUGGCCCCCAGCCGGAAGCAGACCCAGGGGAGGAAGACCACAGUGACCAUUCUGAUCUGUCCCCAAAGCAGGCCCAGGAGCCGCGACAGGAGCCAGGAUCUGAUGGAGCCCCCGACUGGGACACAGAGUUAGCAGCCCCCGUCUUCGCAGCUGAGCCUCAGACACACCCCUCAGCCGUGAACCCAGAGGGGAAAGAUACUGCCCAGCACCCCAUGGCUGUGAACCCAGAGGGGGACGAUACUACCCAGCACCCCAUGGCCGUGAACCCACAGGGGGAUGAUACUGCCCAACACCCCAUGGCCGUGAACCCAGAAGGGGAAGAUACUUCCCAGCACCCCACAGCACCCCCCGACGGGGAGGAUCUCAUUGCCCAGUAUGACCAGAUCAUCAAAGAGCUGGAUUCUGUCCCCGAGGGCUUGCUGGAGGCGAGUUUCUCCCCUGACAAUCCUUCCUUGCACACAGCCGAGCAGGAGGAGGAGCGGGGAGAGAGCAGAGCCAAGGAGGAGGAAGAGGAGGGGAGGAAGGUGCUGGAGGAGGAGGAGGACGAUGACUUCGACUCCUUGAUAGCGGAGCCCCCUGCCCUGGAGCGCCUGGAGUGCCCGUUCGGGGUGAGAGAUGACCCCGCCUGUGCCUCACGCCAGCCCCCGAGGACUCAGAACACCCCGUUCACAGGGCCUUUCAUCAGUGUGGUCCUGUCCAAGCUGGAGAACAUGCUGGAGAAUUCUCUGCACGUCAACCUGCUGCUCAUUGGCAUCAUCACCCAGCUGGCCAGCUACCCGCAGCCCCUCCUGCGCUCCUUCCUGCUCAACACCAGCAUGGUCUUCCAGCCCAGCGUUCGCUCACUCUACCAGGUGCUGGCAUCAGUAAAAAAUAAGAUUGAGCAGUUUGCUUCAGUGGAGAGAGACUUUCCAGGUCUGCUCAUCCAAGCCCAGCAGUACCUGCUGUUCCGUGUGGACAUGUCCGACCUGACCCCUGAGUCACUCACCAAAGAUUCCAUUCAGGAGGCGUCCAGGGCAGGAAGCGCCAAGAACCUUUUGGAUGGACCCCCGAAAGUGCUUCAGCCCUUCCUGAGCAACCGAGCCAAGGUGGCCGGGGUGCCCCCCAGCCUGCCCCUGCCCGUGCGGAACCCCAUGCUGGCGGCCGCGCUCUUCCCGGAGUUCCUGAAGGAGCUGGCGGCGCUGGCGCAGGAGCACUCCCUGCUGUGCCACACGCUCCCGGGCGGCUGCGAGGACGCCUGCUGCUAGCUCGGCCGGGGCGAGGGUUUACGUGUCUUGACUGAAUGUUCAACGCAAAGCUGCUUACGAAACUUUCCACUUUGAGAUUUCCUGACAAUACUUGAUUUGGGGGGAUCUGACGGGGCCUCCCCAUCUCCCUCCUACCCUCGGGCCAGGCCCAUCAUCUUAGCCUCACAGACAGGUGACGUCUCCGAAGUGGGGGGCUCCUCGGGCAGAAUUUCUUCGGUCCAUUUUGCCUCAAGUUGUUUGGUGGUUUGGCUCCCGUCCCCUGGAGUUUCUCCCUCUUGCCACCUCAGUGAAUCUGGGAAUUCAGCCGUUUCCAGAAGUGCCCUCCCGUCAGAGGGCCGCAUCUCUCACCAGCCCAUAAAGACCGCACACCCACUCCAGUGCCUUCCGUGUUUGGCAUCCACACUCAGGGGGAGUAGAGAGGGGAGCCCCCCGUCCCUGGCCAGGCACCUGCUCUGUGUCCCUUGAACUGGACUUGCCCUGCCCCCAGUCCUUGUGACGGCACAGGCUGAUCCAUCUGAUCCAUCAGUCUCCACUGUCUGCCUGGGAAGUCAGACCCCGCAGGAACUUGCAAUGUGGGGACACAGUCUUGGAGUUCCUGACCCCCACACUGAAAAUUGCCUUAUUUUCCUAAGACUCGCACCUUCUGGGUUAGGCCCAUGCAGACGGCCACUCUGGGUUUCAGAAAAGCCCUUGAUCACAUGGAGAGAAUGCGGCCCCCGGUCCGAUCACAAGAGGCCAGCCGCGCUUCUGUGUUUGGGGGACGGAGGGUGGACAGUAAACUCAGUCCUGCCUGUAAAAACACUGGAACAAUGGGGCGGUAUUAUAAGUUUCUUGUUUGA